AUGGGUGUUCAGCCUCGUGUCGCGGCACUCCUCGACGCGACAUCGGAUCUCACGUCGCUCUAUGCGCAGCUGCGCGACGUCGACAAGCUGCUGCGAUUGGAGCUCGGGGUGGCCGGCAGUGAGCUCACGGGCGCCGCGGUCUCGUCGCCUGUCGACCUCACCUUCCUCCGGAUAGCCUGACGCAAACGAGCCACUUGAUCCCGCUGCCCGCCAAUGCACGCGGCGUGACGCAUGCCAACUGGAAGCCCAGACUGCGCUUUGCGUACAAGUGCCUCCAGUGCGACUCGCGGCUCCACGUGCACGAGGCCAUCAAGCUUCUUCGAGCCAUUGCG